AGGUACUGACUGCACACCCAACAGCUUCGUGCCUUUUCAUAUGCUUUUUUCUCCCUCCCCGCCAAAGCUAGUAGGCCCCUCCCUACCUCAACACAAAUCCUGAUAUUGUUGUCUUGUCGCAUUGUUCCAACGCAAACGAAUCACAACCUCAACACUCUCUUGUCUGCAUCGCGCUAUGAAUUUCAAAAAUCUCCAAACACAACCACAAAAAACAAACCACUUCUCUCUCCAACAAAAACUUUUCACACUUCAUUGCCACUUCAUUCCAACAAGCAACAACAAACUUUUUUCUGGUUCUUAUCUAGCUACUCAACUCUGAAAAUGGGUGGCUCAGGGAAAUGGGUAAAAGCAUUAAUCGGGCUCAAAAAACCUGAGAAACAUCAACAUGUGAAGGAAGGUGGAAAGAGCAAGAAAUGGAGGCUAUGGAGGAGUUCUUCAGGGGAUAAAGGUUUCAAAGGAAACCACAAAGCAGCUUCUGAAGGGUCUGAUUCUCCACCUGCAGCAGCAGCAGCAGAUGCUUUCACCGCCGCGGUAGCCGCCGUGGUUCGAGCUCCUCCUAAGGAUUUUAGGCUGGUUAGGCAAGAAUGGGCCACUAUAAGAAUUCAAACCGCUUUCCGUGCCUUCUUGGCAAGAAGGGCUUUGAGGGCUUUGAAGGCAGUGGUGAGGCUUCAAGCACUUGUCCGGGGUCGACAGGUGAGAAAGCAGGCUGCAGUGACAUUGAGGUGCAUGCAGGCGCUGGUCCGUGUUCAAGCCCGAGUAAGAGCUCGUCGCGUGCGAAUGUCCAUAGAGGGACAAGCUGUGCAGACCAUACUUAAUGAGCGACGCAGCAAACUUGAUCUUUUGAAGCAAGCAGAGGAAGGGUGGUGUGAUAGCAAAGGAACGUUGAAUGAUGUGAAAACUAAAUUACAAAUGAGGCAAGAAGGAGUGUUCAGGAGAGAGAGAGCAAUUGCAUACUCUCUUGCUCAGAAGCAAUGCAAGUUAACUCCAAGCACUAAUUCCCGAACAAAUGCCUCGUUUCUCUCUCUCAAGAAUCAAGAGACUGAGAAAGCUAAUGGGGGAUGGAGUUGGUUGGAAAGAUGGAUGGCAGCAAAGCCAUGGGAGAGUAGAUUGAUGGAACAACAAUCUCAGGCUGAAGGCUUAGAGAAAACCCCACCACCAAAGAAAUUUGUGGAAACCUUUGUAAGCUCAAAUUCAAAACCAUGCUUGGUCAAGAUCAAGAAGAACAAUGUUACAACAAGAAUUUCUGCUAGGCCUCCUCAUACCGGACAAGCUACUCGUUCAUCCUCAAGCCCAAGUUCUGAGUUUCGGUACGAUGAGAGUUCUGCAUCAUCUUCUAUAUGUACAUCUACAACACCAAUGUCAGGGAAUACUUGUGACAGGACUGAGGAUAGUAGUAACACUAGGCCAAGUUACAUGAACCUGACUCAGUCAACCAAGGCAAAGCAAAAAACAAGUAGUCAUACUCAUACAUACAACAGAGCUCAAAGGCAGCAGUCUAUGGACGAGUUUCAAUUUCUCAACAGGGAAGCAGUUUUCUAUUCUAAAAGCACUGCUGAUUCUGACCCAUCAAUCAACUUUUCAAGGCCACUUCAACUACCAAUUCACUCGGGCAAGAGUUCAUUGAUGCCACGGUGAAUGGAAAAAGCUCACCCUACGUAUGGUUGCAUGGAAGUUCAACAUCUCUGUAUUUAUUUUUCCCCCAAGAAGAUCAACAUCUUGUUGUUCAUUGUAGUUCAAUCGAGUAAGCUAGCUAGCUAGAAGUAGCUUAUGUGCUUGAGAAAUGAUGGAUCAAGAUCUUUUGUC